AUGUUUGGCUCACUUGCAAAGGUUGCCAGUGGAGCAGUCUCACUUCUCCUCCUUGCGGCCACCACCUCCGUCUCGGCAGCCAAAAAGGACAACAUUGACACGGACGUGACCCAGCUGCGCGCAUUUACCCUCGAGAUGCCGUACAUUGACGAGGGCUUCCACAUGCGCAACUAUGAUUUCGGCGGCGACGCAAUUGUCAACACGAUGGAGCGAAUCCGGCUGACACCCGAUCUGCCCUCGCGCAUGGGGUCAUUGUGGAGCACCUCGACACUUCCGACGGAUUACUGGAAGGAUUACAUCAAUGGGCUCGGGGUCUUCUUUGACACCUACCCUAAUGGCAAGCAUGAUUUUGCUGUUCCGUUUGUCAUGGGCAUGGUGGGAGAUGGCAAGACACCCUAUGACGGCGCGCACGACGGCGAUGCCAACCGACUGGGCAUGUGCGAAGCUUACUUCCGCAACCUCAAGCAGAACUCCAAGGCUCCAUCACACUAUGCGGCCGGAGGCUCUAAGAACUUUAACGCUUUGCCGAAUAUCCCUCUGCCGGCUCUUAAGCAGGCUGCCGCUGGCUCGUCGUACUUUGGCGUUGUCUUUAAACUGAUCCUGGCUGCGGUGCCUGCGGUGGUCUGUUUGUCGCGUACAAGAAGCUCACGGCCAACAAUGCCAGACGGUUCUGACGAUAAGGCUCCUGGAGUAAGCCUGUCCCGUCCACUUGGUUAA